GCCGAUAGACCUAGCUCAGCUACGAGCCAGUACACUCUAGGUAGCUACUAGCUUCAUAGCAAUGGCGCCCUCCAAGCUCGCCCUCUUCCUCGCCCUGAGCCUGGUCCUCGUGGGAUCCUCGCACGGUUGCGGGUCGUGCGGCAACACUCCGUCCGUUCCAGUCCCAACGCCGCCGAUCGCCGUGCCCCCGCCGGCCGUCCCAGUACCAACCCCACCGAUCGCCGUGCCCCCACCGGCGGUCCCAGUACCAACAACCCCGCCGACGACCGGUGGCGGCGGCGGAACCUGCUCCAUCAACACGUUGAAGCUGAGCGCGUGCGCCAACGUACUGAACCUGCUGAAGCUCAAGCUCGGCGUGCCGACGAACGAGCAGUGCUGCCCGCUUCUCAGCGGCCUCGCCGACCUAGACGCCGCCGUGUGCCUCUGCACCGCCAUCAAGGCCAACGUUCUCGGCAUCAAGCUCAACGUCCCCGUCGACCUCGUGCUUCUCCUCAACCAGUGCGGCAAGACCUGCCCCGCCGACUUCACCUGCCCCAGCUAAAUCCAUGGAUACAUCGAUCGAUCAUGCAUAUGUGUUAUACUUAUAUAUGUGCAUGCAUGUGCAUGUGUAGUCGUCGGCUCGUCACCCGUGCAUGCAUGCAUUGCAUGCAUGCUUAUAUUAGUUUUCUUUCUUGCACUCGCUAUGUACUAAGCUAGUCAUCGAUCAUUGUAUCCCGUACGUUAUGGUAUCUAGAUGAUUCGCAUAUUUGUAAAAAUGUAUACAUACUUGUAUACGUACGUGGAAUAAAAAGUUUGUUCAAGUUGUGUUA